UAAGUAAGAAAAAAAAACACAAAAAGGGUUUUAGGAUACACACUGUUUGGAACUGGUUCCUUGUUCCUCUUGCUGCUCAAGCUUUGCUGAAACCCUAACUCUAACCUCAUAACAUAGAUUCCUCCAGUUAAGUUAGAUUGUUGAUUGAAAGAUGGAUGCGAAAAAUGGAAGAAAGCGCGAACAAGUUGAAACCCUAAAGGAAAAUCACAAGAACAACAACAACAAUAAAAAGCGACAACAAGUUUUCCCAUACGGAAACUACAAGAGUUAUUACAACUAUCGAAUUGCUGAAGGUGUGGAUGAAGACCCUCGGUUGAAAGUGUUCAAAAAGGAAUGGUUUCAAGGGAAGGAUUGUCUUGAUAUUGGUUGCAACAGUGGGAUAAUCACCAUACAAAUUGCACUGAAGUUUAACUGCCGGAGCAUUCUUGGAAUCGACAUUGAUUCUGAUCGAGUGGAAGAUGCAAAUUGGAAUUUGAGAAAAACCGAUAGAUUGAAAUCUGCCAGGAAUAAACCUUCAAAGGUCUCCAAACUCAAGGACAACAGCCAUACAGACCAUUCAGAGAACAGUGCCACUGUAUCAUCAAAUGUUAAUACAAAAGAGAUUUCAAAAGAGCCUUCUUCUUUGAAGCAAAUUGAUCUGGUCAAUAUUGUUUCUUUUGAACGAGAAAAUUUUGUUCACUGUCGGCACCCACCAGGAAAGCACUAUGAUACUAUUCUUUGUCUUAGUGUAUCAAAAUGGAUACAUCUAAAUUGGGGGGAUGAUGGCUUAAUUACAUUAUUUGCGGAAACUUGGAAGCUGCUCCGACCAGGUGGCAUUUUUGUGUUGGAACCUCAGCCAUGGAAGUCGUAUGAAAGCAACCGUAAUGCCUCAGAGAUCACUGCUGCCAACUACCGUAAUAUUAAGUUUCGACCUGAAGAGUUUCAGGAAAUACUGCUAGAUAAGAUUGGAUUUAGAACAGUAGAAGCAAUCACUUCAGAUUUGACAGGCAGCACGACUGGUUUCAAUAGACCAAUUUUGAUUUUUCAGAAAUAACGUAUGCUGAAAGACAUAUGAUGAGUGAAUGUGAUUCUUCCCGGUAGAGAAGUGCCUGUUAUAUAUUGAGAUUGAGAUCGGUUACUAAUAGACCCCAAGCUUGCAUGCAAUGAAGCUGCUGCUCAAGAGGAUGACUGGCAUGUAUGGAAGCAAAUUUUUGGUUGAAUGAAAUUACAAAUUAUGUCUUGUGUGUUUUGCCGUGGAUUCACCAAGAGAAAUGUAAUAUAUACGGUUAUACCCUAUGACAUGCAUGUGUAACCAAUAGUUUAAUACUGGCCAAUGGCCAGCAAUGAGUUGACUUGUUUUCUGCUAACUUAAGUAUCAUGUCUAUUUGGUGGUUGGUGUCAAUGAGUGAAAGCAGUUAUAUAAUGCUCAACCAAAUCCAAAGUUGUUUUACCUUGAUACUACGUUAGUAUCUAGGGAUGGAAAGAUAUUAGGUUUCAUUUGAAUUGAUGGAAAGGAAGAGCAUGAAAUUAUUAUUUGAA